GCCACUAUGCUGCUGAAACUCGAAGGUCUCGGAAGUAUCCAUGCCGAGUCAAUCAGAGCGUGCUCGUAAAGUCUGGUCGUCGUCUAUAUAAAUCGACUGCCGCCCGCCCCUUGAAAGCAGGCCAUCGAACUCCCAAUAAGUCCAACUCAUCAGAACAUAGUCUCAUUCGCCGCUCAGUAUGCAAAUCAAAUUACUCCUAGCCGUCACACUGGCAAGCUGUGCCAUUGGCGCCACAUUAGGCUCGGCACUCCUCGAGCGCCAGGCGUCGUGUCCUGCGAGCGCAUUACAGGUCUGCGAGAGGAGCGGCAAUGCAGCUCGCUGCUGUCCCAGCUGCGUCUAUUCCUUGUCCCCGGGACAGACUUGCCCUGGGACUUCCCAACCAACUGUCCUGAGAAUGGGGGUGUUGUGGAGAGGAUCACAGAGAUUCACGCUGGUGAUAAAAGACAGUUAUCAACACAAGCCUUGACGAUCAUGUUUGAUGAUAUCAACGAAUCACUAGUGAACAUGCUUGCCUGCACAGAGGCGGACGAGACUGUUGUUCAUCUCUCUAGACCCACGCAAUGA